GCUUCCGGUUGCGUCACAUCCUGUAUGCACAGUUAAAGACGGGCCUGGCGGGAUCACCGCAGGUUAAUUUUUUGGGUUUGUUCGGCGAAUCCGGUCUGAAUCGGAGCCAUCAGAACCGCAGACAUGACGGUGGGAAAGAGCAGUAAGAUGCUGCAGCACAUCGACUACAGGAUGAGGUGCAUCCUGCAGGACGGACGCAUCUUCAUCGGAACGUUCAAGGCCUUCGACAAACACAUGAACCUCAUUCUGUGCGACUGCGACGAGUUCAGGAAGAUCAAACCAAAGAACUCGAAGCAGCCGGAGCGGGAGGAGAAGCGGGUUCUGGGUCUGGUUCUGCUGAGGGGAGAGAACCUGGUCUCAAUGACGGUUGAGGGCCCACCCCCUAAAGAUACUGGUAUUGCCCGGGUGCCGUUGGCAGGCGUGGCCGGCGGUCCUGGUGUCGGCCGGGCAGCGGGUCGUGGCGUUCCCGCAGGAGCGCCGAUGCCUCAGGCUCCAGCUGGACUGGCUGGGCCUGUCAGAGGAGUGGGCGGGCCUUCGCAGCAGGUCAUGACCCCACAGGGCAGAGGAACGGUUGCCGCGGCAGCAGCAGGUGCAAGCAUUGCUGGAGCACCGACGCAGUACCCUCCAGGAAGAGGAGCUCCACCUCCCAUGGGCCGCGGAGCCCCGCCUCCAGGUAUGAUGGGCCCGCCCCCUGGCAUGCGUCCCCCGAUGGGUCCUCCAAUGGGAAUGCCUCCUGGUCGUGGAGCUCCAAUGGGGAUGCCUCCCCCUGGCAUGAGGCCACCGCCCCCCGGCAUGAGAGGACCACCUCCUCCUGGGAUGAGACCACCGCCAAGGCCUUGAUGAAGCUCCGCCCCCUCACCUGUUGUAUAGACAUUUUGUUGUGUUCUGUUUUUUUUUAAAUAAAGUUUCCUCUGGAUGUUUUUGAUUUCAA